AUGUUGACCUCUGCCAUCCUUGGUCUCCAUGGCGCUCUGGCCAUGCUUUCCGGUCCGAUAAUUGGCCAUUUCGCGGAUAAACGACCCAAUCAUAAGAUCACACUAUUAUGGUCUCUCGGCUUCUGUAUCAUCGGUACCUUCAUGGUUGCGGGUGCACGCUCAGUCGCCAUUCUCUUUAUUGGCCGUGUCGUACAGGGUAUUGCAGGAUCUGCCGUGUGGAUUGUCGGGUUGGCGACUGUGGCCAAUAUCAUCAGUGAAGAUAAUAUGGGGUCGGCGAUGGGGCUGAUGAUGUCUUUUGCGAACUCGGGGACAAUUUGUGGGCCGGCAAUCUCCGGCUUAAUGAUCGAGGCUACAAGCUACUGGGUGACAUGGUCUGUCCCCUUGAUAGUAUUGGCCAUAGACCUUGUAGCCCGACUGGCUAUGAUUGAGAGACCGGUUCUUAACACAAAAACCAACGAAGAGGACGCUACUACACAUCUUUUAUCUUCCAGUGAAGAGCAGCUGGGUCCAGACCACGGUGGCUCCUUCUGGCGCAUCAUUCUAUGCGACGGCUGUUCUUUAACCUGCCUCUUUAUAACUCUUACCAGCAGCACUGUGACUACAAGUUUCCAUGCAACGCUUCCUCUGUACAUCGAAGAAAGGUUUGGAUGGGGCCCAAGCACCGCAGGCUUAUUAUUUUCCGGUCUAGUCAUUCCGGGUCUUAUAAUCGGUCCUCUUGCUGGUUGGCUUCGGGAUCGCGUUGGUGCGCGAUUGCCUAUCAUGGCCGGAUCAAUAGUCCAAAUAGGACUGCUCUUCACGCUGGGUAUUGCCGGUGGUAGUUCAACCCAUUCUACCAGUGUUCCAGCGUGGAGCAAGCCAGUAUACAUCGCUGCUAUCAUCGGUAUAGGAGCAGCGAGGCCAUUUGUGUCUGGGAUAGCGCCUGCAGAAAUGACCGCUGUUAUCAAACUACGCGAAAAGCAGAAUCCAGGCAUUUUUGGAUCGCAGGGAAGCACAUCGCGCAUCUUUUCUUUGCUUGAUGUGGCUGUAUCCUUCGGGACCAUGAUCGGUCCAAUCAUAGGCGGUCCCCUUAAGGAGCUAGCCGGCUGGAAAUAUAUGAAUUGGACUUGGAGUAUCUUGUAUCUCAUUAUAGUUGUCCUUGUGGGAUGCUUUUUGAACCCCAGCGACAUCGACUCGUCUCCCUCCGAGGAACACACUUAA